ACACCUCUUUCAGUACCCUUUGCUACACCUGUUUCAGUAUCCUCACAAACCUUCCUGGCUCUUGACUCCUGCCAGCAGCUGCACAAGGCGGCUGCGGAGAAACAGAGACAGCAAACCAGCGGAAAUCCGACCGCCUCGCUUUCACACGGAGCGCGAACACGAGAGGCGGACAGCGGCGACCCGGGGCGGGCUGCGGGACCGCCGGGGAGCGCACAGCUUCGAAGAGUAGAUGGGAACUGCUCAAAACAACAGCCACCUCAGAAACCCUCAUGCAGUUGAGAUUGAUCUGUGUAACAAGGACAUGAUGGCGGACACAUUUGAUCAUAGUGUCAUUUCUGUUGGAGAAGAGGAAGAAGCCAGUUUCCAACGAUCCCUUCCAACACGAGAUUCCAUCCGAUCCCCUCGAGGCUCUGUUGUGAGUUUCCAUAACAUCCAGUAUUCCGUUAAGCAGUCCAGUGGAUUCCUAUGUAGACGGAAGACUGUGGAAAAGAAGAUCCUUCAUAAUGUUUAUGGCAUUAUGAAGCCAGGCUUGAAUGCUAUCCUGGGGCCAACAGGGAGUGGCAAAUCUUCUCUGCUAGAUGUGCUGGCUGCCAGAAAGGACCCAGCAGGCCUGUCUGGAGAAGUGCUCAUAGAUGGCAUCCCACAACCUCCAAACUUCAAGUGUAUCUCAGGAUAUGUUGUGCAGGAUGAUGUUGUUAUGGGCACAAUGACAGUGAGGGAGAACCUGCACUUCUCUGCUGCCCUGCGGCUCCCCAGCUCCAUCAGCUUUCAAGAGAAGGAAGAACGAGUCACACAGAUAAUUGGCGAGCUGGGAUUAAGCAAAGUGGCUGAUGCUAAGGUGGGAACUGAGCUGAUCCGUGGAGUGUCUGGAGGGGAACGGAAAAGAACCAACAUCGGGAUGGAGCUCAUCACAGAGCCACCAGUGCUUUUUCUGGAUGAGCCAACAACAGGCCUUGAUGCCAGCACAGCCAAUGCUGUCCUCAUCCUGUUGAAGAAGCUCUCUAGAAGAGGCCGAACAAUCAUAUUUUCCAUCCAUCAGCCCCGCUAUUCCAUAUUCAAGCUGUUUGACAGUCUGACAUUACUAGCUUUGGGUAAAGUGCUGUACCACGGUCCUGCAAAACAGGCCCUGGAGUAUUUUAGUUCUAUUGGAUAUGAAUGUGAACCAUUUAACAACCCAGCUGACUUCUUCCUUGAUAUCAUAAAUGGUGAUUCAACUGCUGUGGCAGCAAGCAAGGAAGAUCACAAACCUGCAGACACAGGGAAAGGAGUGAGCAAUGAAAAUGGAGGAAUAGAAGAGAAUGUAUCCAUCAGUGUGGUAGAUACACUACACCAGAAGUAUCUCAACUCCAGCCUGUAUGAGAGCACAAAGGAAGCACUGGGGAAAGUGGAGAUUAAACAGGAAAGAAAGAAGAAAGUAUCUAAAAAGGGGCAUGAGAUUACCUAUGCAAAUGGAUUCUUUACACAGCUGUAUUGGGUGUCCAAGCGUUCCCUGAAAAACCUCAUUAGGAACCCACAAGCCUCAAUUGCACAGAUUGCAGUGACUGUAAUUCUAGCCUUGGUUGUGGGAGCCAUUUUUUUUGGAGUAAAAUUGGAUGAAAGUGGCAUUCAGAAUCGGGUUGGAUCCUUGUUUUUUGUCACCACAAACCAGUGUUUUUCCAGUGUCUCUGCAAUUGAGCUGUUCAUCAGAGAUAAAAAACUAUUUGUCCAUCAGUACACCAGUGGAUAUUAUCGUGUCUCUGCCUACUUCCUGGCUUUGAUGUUAGGAGAUCUACUGCCCAUGAGAACUGCUCCAGCCAUCAUAUUCUCGUGCAUCACUUACUGGAUGAUUGGAUUUCAAGCUGUAGCAGGCAGAUUCUUCUUCUUCAUGCUGGCCCUGGUAAUGGUGUCCUAUACUGCUACAGCCAUGUCUCUGGCUAUCAGUGCUGGGAUGGAAGUGGUUGCUGUGGCCAAUCUGCUCAUCACUAUUUGUUUUGUCCUGAUGCUUAUCUUUUCUGGCCUCCUUGUAAACCUCCCUUCUGUAAUGGGCUGGCUUAAUUGGCUCAAGUACUUCAGCAUCCCUCGAUACGGCCUUACUGCUCUUCAAGUGAAUGAGUUUAGAGAUCUCUACUUCUGUGGUGACAAUUCAAAUGUUACAGUGUCUGUGGGAAAUGCAAGCACUUGUCCACCAGUUACUUCAGGAGCAAGGUGCUCUGGUGAAGAUUACCUGAUCAGCCAAGGAAUCGCACCUACUAACAUGGCAAUGUGGGAAAACAUAAUAGCUCUUUUAUGCAUGACUGUUAUUUUCCUUCUCAUUGCCUAUCUCAAACUCCGGUUUAUGAGAAAGUUCACAUAAAUUCCUGCAUUGCCUUUCUUCACAGCUUCUCAGGUCUUAAAACUACAAAGCUUAUUAGAGCCUUCUGGAUGUGGCCAAAGAUUUCAACUGACUUUACUGGACUUAAGAUGGGAAUCUUGCCCCAUUGUUUCUGGAGAAUGAUCUCCAUAUGAUUAUAUGAUUUUGUUUGUUAAGAAGAAAUGUAUUACUGUAAGAUUC